AUGCCCAAUCCCAAUAGACUUGGGCCGUCCUCCAUCCAGCGAUCGCUCGGGACACGGCCAACGGGAACCAUGCGCUUCACGACACGCUUCAUCUUGAUGUCCGCAGCCCUCCGCGGGAACAACACUGUCUUCGCGUGGGAGAGCAGCAGCGUGCCGCUGAGCCUCCGCUUUUGCCGCGGGCAGUUCAGGUCGACGGCCACCGUCUCGCCGGGGACCAGCAUUCGCACUAUCUUCAUGGCCUCCUUCCAGCAGUCCCUCUCGGAGCGGAUGCUCUCUCGCGCGCACCAGGCCAGGGGCUGA